UUAAUGAUAACACAAUAUCUAGCUUUUUACAUGUGCAUCUUUUUCUCAGCAUGAUUCAUUUUAUAAAUUUCUGGAAUAACUUCGCAAUCGGAAUGAGACAUUUUAAAAUUAUCCGGAGCUUUGCUGUAAAUGACUUUUAAAAACAAGAUUACCUCUUUUUACAUACAUGAAGGCUAUUGCACUCCGGGUUUGAAGAGCCAAAAAUGUGACCUUUUCUUCAUGAGGUAUAGCAUAGAGUGUGUCAAACGCAUCUUUUCAACCCCUCAAAGCUAGUAUCAAGCGAAUGCUGGUCCCACUGGAUGUAACGGGUGGAUUACUGUAAAUUGCCAUUCCUUCUUCCUCAAGAAGCAGUAGAUUUUACCGGGAUCGCUGUCAUUUUGACACCGGCGAACUAUGGCUUUUACUUUUGCGGCUUUUUGCUACAUGCUAACAUUGGUUCUCUGCGCAGCUCUCAUCUUUUUUGCAGUUUGGCACAUAAUUGCUUUUGAUGAACUCCGAACAGAUUUCAAGAAUCCAGUUGAUCAGGCCAAUCCAGUUCAUGCGAGGGAGAGACUGAGAAAUAUCGAGAGAAUCUGCUUUCUCCUGAGAAAGUUAGUCCUACCCGAGUAUUCCAUCCAUGGGCUUUUCUGUAUUAUGUUUGUAUGUGCCCAAGAGUGGCUAACACUUGGUUUGAAUGUCCCCUUGCUAUUCUACAACCUUUGGAGUAGAUACUUCCAUAGUCCUACAGACAGCAGUGAAUUAAUGUAUGAUCCUGCAUCUGUGAUGAAUGGAGACACUCUGAACUAUUGCCAAAAAGAAGCCUGGUGCAAGUUGGCUUUUUAUUUACUGUCUUUGUUUUACUACCUCUACUGGUAUGUGGUGCUCUAA